AUGUCUGAAGAUGCUUUGUUGGAAGAGGACAUUUGGGAGUACAAAUCCAUUAGGAAGCAAAAGCAUCAGAGUAAUUCAGAGAGCAUCUCUAUACCUGUGCAGAAAGUGAGUGAUGGCAAGUGCAGGCCAAAAAGAAAGAUAAAUAGAAAUAAAAAAAAAUCCGUAGAAAAAAAUUAUACGCUUCAGAAAACUGAGCAGAGAUCAAAGCCAAAUCAGGAUGGAGAUCAAUGUAAAGAUGACAGUAGUGUGCAUUCCCAGGAAAGCGUGAGCAGCCUGUCGGAACAGAGCUCGCAAUGUGCAAAGCCUGUUCAUGAUGGAUACUGUCCCAGCUGCCAGAUGCCUUUCUCUUUGCUGUUGGUGCAGACACCUCGAUGGCAUGUUGCUGAAUGUUUGGAUACUCCAGGAUCCAUUGAAAAAGAGUGUCCUGAUGGUUUACAGUGCACUUCCACCAUUCCAUCCCACUACAAGCGUUACAGCCAUUUUCUACUUGCAGCAAGCAGGGCAGGAGAUUAUGUUGUUAACUCUUCAGCAAACAAUUUGGAGAGGAAGAUGACGUGUUCUACUGCUACAAAGCCCAGCUGUUCCCCAAGUCAUGUAGAGGAAAACUCACAGAAUGAGAAACCAACUAAUAAUGUAAAAAAUGUCCCAGAUGGUGACUGUACAUUGAUGGUACAGAGUUCACCGCAAAUGAAGUCUCUAAAUACAAUCGGUGAAAUUCCUUCCUCUUUUGCAAAUGUUCAAAAGCCUCAACAGACACUUCAGCUUACACAGACCACAGAUAAUAGUUGUAAAUUUGAAUUUUAUGACUUUGCAUCCUCUCAAGAAAGCGGAACAGGAGACGACCUGUGUCAUCUGAAAGAUACAAAUCAGCCAAGUCUACUACAGUCAAAAGCAGACUUCAGUGACUGUGAAAUUUCUUAUUCUCCACUGAGUACUUUUGAGGAAAGCGAAGAGGAAACUGAGGAAGAGGAGCAGAAACUAAAAAUACCACAAAAUAAAUUAUUCAAAGUCUGGAACUUUGAAGAUGGAGAAUCUCAUUCUGUUGCAUUUGAAAAAAACCACUCUGAGGAAGUAAAUACAUUGAACCAUAUAGAGCACGGCUUAAAAACUGUUUCUCAGAGUCACAUGAACAGCAAGUUGUGUAAUUCAACAUGUGAAGAUAAUCAGCAUCAAGAAGAGGCACAAGCCAGUGCAUCCUCUUUUCCUUUUAAUUGUGAGGAGGUUGAGCAGGCAGAAUUGGUUUGCGUUGCUGCUAAAACAGGUAACACAGAGCCAGAAGAUACAGGUGCUCGUACUUUGGAUUCUGCACACGUGAGUUUUACUGAGAAAUCAUCACUGCUGGUCAGACAGGAUGCUGGGUCUCUUCUGACAAAGAAAAGUAAUGUUUUGAGGGACCCAAAUAGCAUUUUAGCUAAUACAGAUAAAACGACUGCUAAUGAUGUUGAAAAAACAGCUUGCCCAGAGAGUUUGCGGUCAGUAGUGGAGAAAAAAGGAAAUCUUAAUACGGCUGCUGUGUGCUUUCCCGGCCCCAUCUCUAAAACAGUGCCAUCUCUUUCUUUAGCAAGUAUGAAUGCCAAAUCCAGUUCUGCCAAAGAACUCAAACAAAUGGACAUUGGUGUUUUCUUUGGGUUAAAACCCAAAGUAAAAGAGGAAAGCAAAGGAGAGACAUGUGUGAGUGAGGGAAAGCAGAUACCAAAUUCAGUGACUCCCAAUGGAAAGAGGCCCAGGCAGCAAAAAAGGAAAGCUGAAGGGUCUGUGGAAGAUGUAGAAGCAGUUACAGAAAGUUCAAGUAAAAAUGGAGCCUUUGCAGAUGUAAGUUCUGGUGGCCAACGAAGGUGGAGAAAAAAAUUUAAAGAAUUACCUGCUACAGGUGAAGGAGCAAGAAAAAAACACUGCCCUUUCUACAAGAAAAUACCAGGAACUGGUUUUACAGUUGAUGCCUUCCAGUAUGGAGAAAUUGAAGGCUGCACAGCUUAUUUCCUUACUCAUUUUCACUCUGAUCACUAUUGUGGGCUAACAAAAAACUUCAGUUUUCCAAUCUACUGUAACAAGAUAACUGGCAAUCUGGUGAAGAGCAAACUUCGAGUCAAAGAGCAGUACAUCCAUGUGCUGCCGAUGGACACAGAAUGUAUAGUGAACGGGAUCAAAGUGUUGUUGCUCGAUGCCAAUCAUUGUCCAGGUGCAACAAUGAUCCUUUUCUCUCUACCGAGUGGAACUGUUAUCCUGCACACAGGAGACUUCAGGGCAGAUCCUUCUAUGGAGCGCUACCCUGCUUUGGUCGGUCAACAAGUCCACACCCUUUACCUGGAUACCACAUACUGUAGUCCUGAAUACACUUUUCCUUCUCAGCAAGAGGUUAUCCAGUUUGCCGUCAAUACUGCCUUUGAGACAGUGACUUUAAACCCACGUACUCUUGUUGUCUGUGGCACCUAUUCCAUUGGAAAAGAAAAAGUUUUUUUAGCAAUUGCUGAAGUUCUGGGCUCAAAAGCGAGUGUGUCCCGUGAUAAGUACAAAACGCUGCAGUGCUUGGAGUCAGCAACUGUUAAUUCCCUCAUCAGUGUGGACUGGGAUGGUACUUUGCUUCACGUUCUUCCCAUGAUGCAAAUUAAUUUUAAGGGCUUGCAAGAUCACUUGAAUAAGUUUUCUGAGAAUUUCGAUCAAGUUCUGGCUUUCAAACCUACUGGGUGGACCUACUCUGAUUCAUGCCUUUCUUUGGUGGAUAUCAAACCUCAGACAAGAGGAAAGAUCACCAUAUAUGGGAUUCCUUACAGUGAACACAGCAGUUACCUGGAAAUGAAGCGUUUUGUUCAAUGGUUGAAGCCGCAGAAAAUCAUCCCCACUGUAAACGUUGGUGACUGGAGAGCCAGAAGCUUGAUGGAGAAGCAUUUUAGAGACUGGAUGAUUGAGGGCAGUAGGCAUAGAUAAAUAUAAGGAAGAAUGUGUAUUUAUUUCAAAGGAGGUAGGCUGGGGUGGGAAUUGUGAGUUACUGUGAGUUUUAUUUAACUCCCUUUUCCACGGAGCUUUCUUUAGG